AUGACACGUUUACUUCUAGAUGGAGCCAUUCCACCUGGGAUUGACUUGUUGUCUCAAGUUCAGAUCCUUCAACUAAAUGGAAAUCAGCUAACUGGUUCCAUUCCUUGGGAAAUAGGAAAUAUGAGCUCUGUUUAUCAGCUAGAUAUUGGAAACUUGAUGGGUCUUCUUCACUUGCAAUUGAGUGGUAAUCAAUUUAGUGGAUCCAUUCCUAUAGCAAUAGAAAACUUAACAAAGUUGACAUCUCUUGCUUUGUAUGACAACAUGCUCACUGGUCACUUACCCGAAAAUGUUUGUAGCCGUAGAUUGCUCCAGUAUUUCAGCAUAAGCGAUAACCAUUUGGUAGGCUCAGUACCCAAAGACAUUAGAAAUUGCACAAGCAUGACUAGAUUUCGUCUUAAUGACAACCAACUAGAAGGAAAUACAGAUGCAAACUUUGGAGUCUAUCCAAACUUGACCUUUAUUGAUAUCAGCCACAACCAAUUUUCCGGAAAAAUUUCACUUAAGUGGGAUCGAUGCACACAAUUAGCCACUCUCUGGAUUGCCGGGAAUAAUAUGGGUGGUAAGAUACCUUCAGAGAUUGGAAAUUGGACUCAGCUAUAUCAUCUUGAUUUUUCUAUGAAUCAUUUGGUUGGGAUGAUCCCUAGGGAGUUGGGAAAGUUGACUAAUUUGGUGAACUUGAGUUUGAACAACAAUCAUUUUUCUGGUGGUAUUCCUCAUGAGAUCGGAUCACUUACCAAUCUCCAGAUUCUCGACUUAUCAGGGAACAUAUUGAGCUCUAUGCCAGACAGCAUUGGAGCUUUGUCCAAUCUGCAUUACUUGAAUUUGAGCUGCAACAAAUUGAGCCAAAGAAUUCCAAUUCCAAUUGGUGAAUUAGUUCACCUUUCUCAACUUGAUUUGAGUCAUAACUUGCAUAUCGGAGAAAUACCAGCACAAUUCACCAAGUUGGAAGACCUGAUGACUCUAAAGUUCUCCGUCAAUAAUCUUUCGGGUCCUAUUCCAAACAGUAAAGUAUUUCAAGGUGCUCCGGCGGAAGCAUUCCAAACAAACAAAGGAUUGUGUGGCAAUGUCAGUGGAUUGCAGCCAUGUCAACUGCCACACAAGGAAGAUAGACAUGGUCCAACAAAGUGCCAUAAGAUUGUGUUUAUAGUUGUGUUUCCUCUCUUAGGAGCACUUGUUAUGUCAUUUGUAAUAACUCGUGUUUCAUAA